GGAUGGAGGGCCCUGUGCUGACACUGGGGCUGCUGGCCACCUUGGUGGUGUGUGGCAGCUGGGGCCUGAACGAGGAGAAACGGCUGAUCAGGCACCUGUUCACGGAGAAGGGCUACAACAAGGAGCUCCGGCCAGUGACCCGCAAAGAGGAGAGUGUGGACGUCUCUCUGGCUCUCACUCUCUCCAACCUCAUCUCCCUGAAAGAAGUGGAGGAGACCCUCACUACCAACGUCUGGAUAGAGCACGGCUGGACAGACAGCCGGCUACAGUGGGAUGCUGAAGAAUUUGGGAACAUCAGUGUCCUGCGCCUGCCCCCUGACAUGCUGUGGCUUCCCGAGAUUGUGCUGGAGAAUAACAAUGACGGCUCCUUCCAGAUUUCCUACUCCUGCAAUGUGCUGGUCUUCAACUCGGGCUAUGUGUACUGGCUGCCACCCGCCAUCUUCCGCUCCUCCUGCCCCAUCUCUGUCACCUACUUCCCCUUCGACUGGCAGAACUGCUCCCUUAAGUUCAGUUCACUCAAGUACACGGCCAAGGAGAUCACCCUGAGCCUGAAGCAGGAGGAGGAGGAUGGCCGCGCUUACCCCGUGGAGUGGAUCAUCAUCGACCCGGAGGGCUUCACAGAGAACGGGGAGUGGGAGAUAGUGCACCGGCCAGCCAGGGUCAACGUGGAUCCCAGUGCCUCGCUGGACAGCACCAGCCGCCAGGAUGUCACCUUCUACCUCAUCAUCCGCCGCAAGCCGCUGUUCUACAUCAUCAACAUCCUGGUGCCCUGCGUGCUCAUCUCCUUCAUGAUCAACCUGGUCUUCUACCUGCCGGCCGACUGUGGCGAGAAGACGUCCGUGGCCAUCUCGGUGCUCCUGGCCCAGUCUGUCUUCCUGCUGCUCAUCUCCAAGCGGCUGCCUGCCACGUCCAUGGCCAUCCCCCUCAUUGGCAAGUUCCUGCUCUUUGGCAUGGUCCUGGUUACCAUGGUGGUGGUGAUCUGUGUCAUCACCCUCAACAUCCACUUCCGAACACCCAGCACCCACGUGCUGUCCGAGGGCGUCAAGAAGCUCUUCCUGGAGACCCUGCCAGAGCUCCUGCACAUGUCCCGGCCGGCAGAGGACGGGCCCAGCCCCGGGGCCUUGAUCCGGAGGAGCAGCUCCCUGGGCUACAUCUCCAAGGCUGAGGAGUACUUCUCACUCAAGUCCCGCAGUGACCUCAUGUUUGAGAAGCAGUCCGAGCGGCAUGGGCUGGCCCGGCGCCUCACCACUGCCCGCAGGCCCCCAGCAAGCUCUGAGCAAGCCCAGCAGGAGCUCUUCAGUGAGCUGAAGCCCGCUGUGGAGGGGGCAAACUUCAUCGUUAACCACAUGAAAGAUCAGAACAGUUACAACGAGGAGAAGGACAGCUGGAACCAGGUGGCCCGCACAGUGGACCGCCUGUGCUUGUGUGUGGUGACGCCCGUCAUGGUGAUAGGCACAGCCUGGAUCUUCCUGCAGGGCACCUACAACCAGCCUCCACCCCAGCCUUUCCCCGGGGACCCCUUCUCUUAUGACCUGCAGGACAAGCGCUUCAUCUAGGGUGGCCCCGCUGGGCAGC